GGGGGGGGGAUGGUAAACUGGCCACACACUAUAAAAUCCAAUUGUACAAUCUCCUUUAGAUGAAUGAAGUCAUAUGAGGACAGACCUGAUCCGUCCCUUGGAGUUUUGGUCGCUGACCCACCCAGAGGGACGUCUCGUUUUCACGGUUUCUGGUUGUAAAGGUGUCGGGAUGGAGCCCGGCCCGUCCACUGCCACCAUGGAGCAGGAAGAAGAGCUCACCGAUCAUACCGUUAUGAAAGAUUGUAUUAUUACAGGGUUGAAGGAGAUGUACUUUUCUGAAAUUCUUUGUGAUGUCGCCAUACAGACUGCAGAGAGAAGCUUCCCGUGUCACAGGGUGGUCCUGGCCUCGGUCAGUCCUUACUUCAGAGCUCUCUUCACGUGUCCCAUGAAGGAGGCGACGCUCAGGGAGGUUUGUCUUUCGGAUGUUCCCUCUUCUGUCCUGCAGACCAUCCUGCGCUACAUCUACACGGGGGAGGUCCAUCUCACCUUGGACAAUGUGGAGGAGCUGUUUAUAAUGUCCGGCCGCCUGCAAUUAAUGGCCAUUCAAGAUCUGUGCAGCAGGUACCUUGCAAAGAGGAUCGACAAUGAAAACUGCCUUUGGAUUUAUAGAUUGGCUCACAGUCACAAUCACGGGAUCCUCUUGGAAGAAACCAUGAACCAUAUUGGUCGGAAUCUGAGCUCCCUAUGUGGAAAAGAAGACUUUUUCCACUUGGCGAUGGACGAACUGGUCAACAUCCUGUCUUCAGAUGAGUUGAUGGUUGACUCCGAACUUACCGUCUAUAACAUCGCCCGCUCCUGGUGGGAAUAUCGCACACAGGACUAUCCUCUUGCCCCAGAACUGUUGAAGGUCAUCAGGCUACCACUUCUGACUCCAGACCAGCUGGAAAAGGUCAGCAUGGACCUACCCGGUGACUACUCAACGCUCCAGCCUCCAAUGGGAAUCCGCUUUCGCCAAGGGAUGUUUGAGGAGAGAAUAGUUUGCAUAGACCAGACGGCAUUAGAAGAAAUAGACCCAGAAGAAGAGGAUUACUAUUGGAAAGCCUACGAUCCAACAACGGACUCUUGGGAGAAGCUCCCCUUUUGUGACUGUUUAUAUACACCGGGAAUUGUAUCUGUAGGGUUUUCCUUGUAUGUUUCGGGUGGGUUCAGAGGAGAAGAUCGUGCUUGCAAAGCCCUGCACGUGUAUGAUUCUGUAUUAAACGAAUGGAAAAAGCUCCCGCCUAUGACCCGUCCAAGAGCUUGUCAUGGCUUCCUAGCCUACAGAAACAUGCUUUACGCUUUUGGAGGACUCAACAGCCGAUCCUCAGACCCAAAAAAUAAACCCAGAGACUCGGUGGAAUGCUUCAGCGUAUUGGACAAUACUUGGCGCGAUGUGUCGAGCAUGCCCAUAGCUCUACAUAGCUUUGCUAGUGCAAUGCUGAAAGGAAGACUGUUUGCUAUUGGUGGGAUGACUCAGACAGAUAUAGACAUUUUACACUAUCAGGGAUUCCAUAUUUACAACACACUCACCGACACUUGGAGCCAGUUUCCUCUCUCGGAGGUCUUUUCGGCUGUCGGAGCUGUGUCAAUGGAUGACAAGUUAUACGUCAUCGCAAGUUAUGACAUCAGAUAUAUGCGUCAUUCACAUCCAGCAUACGAUGCAUAUCUGAUGUACGAUGAAGAGUCCAAUACCAUUUCCAAGAGCUUCUGUAUGGAUCAUCUAGGGCAAAUUAGUCGUGGUAGAAUUCCGCCCGUCCUACAAAGCACUUAUGGCGCUGCGAUUGUACGCUGGAAGCGCAGGAUUUAUAUAGUGGGAGGGGCCGCAGAUGACGGGAUGAGUGACUAUAAGAUGCACCACUGGAGCCCAGGUGAACCGAGGUGGACUUUAUGUGAGAAAGAGCUCCCUUUUCUGUUUUUGGAUUUUGGAAGUGCAACUUUGAAGGUCCCCCUGAAACGCCUCUGCUCCGUCAUUCCUGGCAGGAGAUCCAACUACAUUUUUGGAAGUCAAAGUGUGGAGGAGAAUGAAUCGGAAGAACAAUGGUGUGAAGAUUGGUAGCCAAGUGUUCUGCUGGGGGGAAAAAAAUGGUGUACGUGAAGUAACUGGUGGCCACGGCAAACAAAAGCCACCCAAAGGGCAGAACUGGACACUUGGGAGGUGUGAGAAGUGGAUAUAGCCCAGUGAUGGUGAAUCUUGGCACACCAGAUGUUUUGGAACUACAUUUCCCAUGAUGCUCGAGAGUGCACAAGCAUCAUGGGACGUGUAGUUCUGAAACAUCUGGGGUGCCAAGGUUCCCCAUCAAUGAUGCAGCCUAUGCUGAGCCUUUCACCCGGAACAGGCAUACAAUAAAUUAAGUCGGAAUCGAUCCGCAGGGCUUGUUCCAGGUCAGCGGCUCUGGAAAGGUUUUCUUUUCGGGAACAAGCGCCAAUUUUACCAUUUACAGAUUUGAAUUUUAUCUGUCUUCAAUUUUGUGUAUUAAUAAAAGAAUAUUGAAUAUA